AGGUUUUCUCCAUCGACUCAGGGCUCAGUACGCCAACAACCUCAUCAAACAAGAACAACAAUCUCUAAACCAACACAUCAUGGCUCAGUACGCUAACAACCUCAUCGAACAAGAACAACACUCGCUUUACCACAGUCUGCGCAAUAUUUUCACUUCAGAAAGCAUCAACACGCUGGAAGAUUUCGAUAGGCUUGAUAAGAAGCAAACUGAGAAUUGUCUACUCCGGCUUCACGUGCUCGCCUUAGAUCCAAGUUCUGGUAAACGGCAUCAGACGGUAACCGAUAGAAUGUUAUCCCUCAUAGUGAGCUCUUCCUUCGAACGAUUCAAGCCUAUUGUCACCGUCAUCCUCGGCAACGAAGCCAAACCCAAUCAAGAAAUGUAUGAUCUGAUCAAAAAAGAAUUAAUUGACCUACCAAGCCCUUCUUCACUAUCCGCGAUCACCACCGCCAGCCUGGUGGAUUCUUCCGAACGUGUUGAUGACUUACUUCCUAGGCUCAAGCUGGAAUUGCACAAAUUGAUGUACAAGGAUGUCCCAGAUUUGGUGGAGCAUUUGUUCCAGCAUCAUCACGUCGAUUUCGCCGAGAUCCUUCAGCCCCACAAAAGUUUUAUCAAGCAAAAGUACGAAGAAAGAAUAGACGACACAUCGGAGCCUUCUAUAUUGGCAUGGAUCACACCUCUCGUCGAAAACUGCUUUACCUGGCUGAAGGAGGCAGGACUAAACGAACAGCUUUCUCGUGCUUGGGUCUGUCCUGAGAAGUAUCUCAUAGGCGUUGAAGGAAGACGAAAGUUGGAUUGUGCAAUUGUGUCACAGUCUUUCUGGCGCAGCAAUCACUUCGAAGAUGUUCUGGUCCCUGUCGAGCUAAAGAAGAACGGUUCCGAUGACCGCGAUGCCAAUAUUUGCUUGGCCAAAUCCGUCUACGAGGUCUUCAUAGCUCAGCCCAGCCGAAGCUACGUCAUUGGGCUUACGUUGUGUGGGACCUCCAUGCGGCUCUGGCAGUUUGAUAGGUCCGGUGCCAUCGGUUCUGAAUCAUUUGACAUCAAAAAGGACGAAGACAACUUUUCCAAGUUCCUCGCUAUCAUCUUAUUUCUCUUGACAUCAAAUAAGCAAGUCCUCGGCUUUGAUUCAUCCUUCAUUGAUAUUGCCGGGCAGGCUUCUACUACUACUCGAGAAUCACCAAUAAUACAAAUCGGGACCGAGCCCAAUCGUCAAGAACUCAUAAUAGAUCGCCUUAUCUUCCGAGCGCACUCGAUCUGCGGACGCGGGACGACCUGUUGGCAAGCGCAUCUCUCCGGAGAUGAGCGUACAAAAUUUGUCGUAAAAGAUUCAUGGCAACCGGCUCACCGGACAGAAGAAGGCGUUAUGCUUCGCGAGGUGACGGAAAAAAACAUUCCUCAUAUGGCGAGAUAUUAUCAUCAUGAAGACGUCCAAGUGGCCAACCAGAUAGUCGACAUUGAAUCUCACGUUCGGGCGGGCAUCAUAUUCAGAAACGGCCAGACGAUUGAAAUGACUAAUGAGUCCGUCAAUUCAACCCACUCAAACCAGACGAUCGAAACCACUAGUGAGUCCGUCAAUUCAAACCACUCAGAUGAAUUCACCAAUCGGUUUCACAGACGGUUAAUUCUGAAAGACGUGGGGGAACCUAUUUGGAAAGUCGAUUCUCCGGUUCGUCUGUUGGAGGCUCUUGAGGGCGGUAUUAAGGGACACCAGGCCUUAUUGCGCGCUGGUUACCUUCACAGAGACAUUUCUAUCUCCAAUCUCAUGAUUAACUACCAGAACGAUCUGAAUCGAAAAUCCUUCCUGAUCGAUCUAGAUGUGGCGAUUCCCUACCCUACCUCGAAUGAUCAAGCCCGUUCUGCAAGAACCGGCACAAAAGUUUUCAUGUCGAUCAAUUUGCUUGCACAAGAACAUGGCCAUAGUUUCGUGGAUAAUCUGGAAUCCUUUUUUUGGGUUUUGAUAUGGAUUUGCAUCCAUUAUCCUAAAGGUGACAGAACAAGAUCUAAUUUAACAGGAUGGAAUGAAAUGGACCUGGAGACGCUGAAACACACGAAGCGUGAUUUGCUCGCUCACACUGAUGAACUUACGGACAAAUUCACACAACUAUACAAAGAAUCAAAGCCUCUCAUCACCUGUGUGCACGAGUUUGCCAAAAUCAUGGGCCAUGACUAUGUCAGGGAAGAAGAGUCUGAAACACUUUAUGAUCAAAUAUUGGGCAUUCUCCAACAGGCUCAAAAAAAGUUGAUUGAGGAACAAAAACUGAACAACCAUAAGUGUAAGUAGUUUAACUAUCCUUCCUCUGUCUUGCUGGCCUAUU